UACACUAUAUUACCCCAGAAGUACAGUGGCUGGUGAAGCAGUGCAUCGUCAGAAGCACCUUGGGAGGUGCUGUUGUGUUGUGCCCCUAGACACUAGAGAGGGUGUCGCGUGUCGCCUCAAACAUUGUUGGUGGUGGUGCAUUGUAUUGUCCCAAACAUUGUAGAUGGUGUUGCCGCGUAGCCACAAACACUUGGUGGUGUCGAGUGCGUCGCCCGAGAAGCACUAAGUACAUUACUAACUACACUAUUCCAUUAUUAGGAGUCACGCCGGUCAAUCUUCCUUGACUUGAAAAAUGCCUUCUGCCGGAGAGAGGAUUCGACGAGAUUUGUUGCGAGAAGACGGGUGUAGAGACUCCAUCGCUACCUCAAACUCCAGAACGGCUGAUUGUCCCCCAUACGUUGACAGAAAAGUUAACUGUAACUCUGCAGUUAACACACACAGUGCACAUAGUUCGUACGUUAAGGAACACUUUUACCGUGAUACAGAAUCCAGUAAGUGCAACAAAUACGCAAACAGUAACUUUAUUUACAGAAUAACUUUAUUUAAGAAUAAGGUGCUCAGCGUUUAUAACAGCAGAGGCGGCUACAACACAAACAGCGAGGUGGGGAGGGACGUCAAUGAAGAAGCCAUCAGUAAGAGUGUAGAGAGGAGCUGCGUCGACUCCAGGGAGGGUGUGGGGGGCCACAGGUCCACAUGCGUCGGCGUCACCAGCAGUAGGUCGCCAGUAGUGUGUGGUGACCGGUACACACCAGAGUAUUGGGGUUGGUGUUACACGCAGGACAUCAUGGCGGAGGCUCGCAGCGCUGUGGCUACCCCGAGGGUGCAGGAGAAGGACCUGGGCACCACGGAUUCCUUAGUAGAUUUCCUGAAGUUCUAUCGCCAGAUGAUCGUCAGAAAUUACUUCCGCUUUCGCAAUUCAAUUCGCAACGGUGUGUGGCCGACGUCGACCAACAACUUGGGUGUAGCGUGCGCCUUCUCCGUCUACCUGCUUGAGUAUGAGCCUGCCUCAGCACAAGCCAUCACUGCUUAUCUUAAACGUGCUGUGCAAGGCCUGCCUCUCCCAUCCAAAACUCCACGAUGGCUGGCCAACUUGAUAGGUUCAAUGGGCAUCUCUUUCAUUUUCUUCAUCACGCUAAUGAAAGUGCGGCAGUAUCUCUUGCGAAUCCUACUGGCAUAUAGGGGAUGGAUGUAUGAAAAUGUGAGGGAAGUGUCCUUAAAGACCAAACUAUGGAGUCUGACUGUGAAGUUCGUGUCUGGCUAUCAGCCUUCUCUGUAUUCUUGCCAGCGAUCUCUACCACGAAUGCCUGUUCCUCCUCUUGAGGAGACACUUGGUAAAUUGCUAGACAGUUUGAAACCUUUGUGCUCUGAGGAAGAAUUUAAGGAAUAUACUAAACAAGCAAAUGAAUUUGAGAGCACAGUUGGGCCUCGAUUACAACGUCUUCUCUACCUCAAGUCUUGGUGGGCUCCUAAUUAUGUGUCUGAUUGGUGGGAGAAAUAUGUGUAUCUGAUGUCUCGAUGCUCAUUACUCAUCAACUCUAAUUAUUAUGCCUUAGAUAACUACAGAUGGACCCCAACCAAUAGGCAGGUGUCAAGAGCAGCAAAUGUUGUCUAUUCCAUUCUUAACAUCAAACGUAAGAUUGAUAGAGAAGAGCUUCCUCCUCUGCUGCUACGUAAUACCAUUCCUAUUUGUAUGGCACAGUAUGAGCGGCUCUUCUCCACUGUCCGAGUACCUGGCGAGGAAAUUGACGAGUUACUUCAUUUUGAAUCUUGUGAAUCUCGUAACAUUGUAGUAUGGCGCAAAGGGCUCUUCUACCAGUUAAGUAUCUAUGAUGAUAAGAACCAGAUCCUUUCUGUGUCUGUAUUGGAGAGGCUCUUCCAGGAUAUUCUUGAUGAUGCUGAUAAGCACAAAGAAUGUGUAAGUGAAAGUGAACGUAGCGUUGCAGCAUUAACAGGUCUUCCAAGGCCAGAAUGGGCACGAAUACAAAAAGAAUUUUUCACAUCCGGUAUCAACAAAGACAACAUGGAUGUCAUAAACAAGGCAGUGUUCAUGGUUAUAAUGUUAGACAAAAGUCCAGAGAAUAUUUCUGAUAAGGGCAAAAUACUCUUGCAUGCAGAUGGUCGCACUUUGUGGUGUGACAAGAGCCUAAAUAUAUCUUUCUUCCCUGAUGGCCAAUGUGGGUUGAAUGUUGAACAUUCAAUGGCAGAUGCUCCUGCUAUGGGCCAUGUUUGGGAAUAUGCCAUGACCAUGGAAGUGAUUGAGAAAAGGUAUCUUGACAAUGGACAAGUGAUGCCUCCUCCCAAGUCUUUCAAGCAGAGUAACUUCACAUCUCACAGGAGAAUCAUCUGGGACAUAACAGAUGCACUGGAGAAAGAAAUUAACAGAGCAGUAUUGUUCAAUCAAAAG